CAGCAGCAGCAGCAUGGCAGCCGGGCAGUGACACACAUAUCACAACAGUCUGUGAGCAGAUAUACAUUCACGCUGGGGCCGAGAGAAGACACAUAAGCAAAAUGUCUCGGCACAGAAAUGUCCGAGGUUACAACUACGACGAAGACUUUGAAGAUGAUGACAUGUAUGGACAGUCUGUGGAUGAUGACUAUUGUAUAUCGCCAGCAACAGCAAAUCAGUUCAUCUACUCACGCCGAGAGAGGCAAGCACCAAAGGAAGAGCCUUUAGAGGAAGAAGGAUAUGAAGAUGAGGAUGUACCUGUAUCUCCGACUGUCAGCCACAAUCUUGACCCUCUUGAUCAAGCCAAGCUGUAUUCUUGUCUGGACCAUAUGCGGACUGUGUUGGGAGAUGCAGUGUCAGACUCAGUCUUGAGUGAAGCAGCCAUAAGAUGUGGAUUUGAUCCGCAGAAGGCACUGGAUGCAGUCCUGUCUGAAGAAGGAAAAACUGCCCCGGUUGCCAAAACUACCAGUGAGGUGACGGCUUCCGUAAUGGGAGUUAGUCAAGAGAAAGCUCCACUUCCACAAAGAACCAAACAAGCAGCUGUGACUGAGAAAGGAGCCUGCUUGUCUGCUUCUCACAUAGACAAUAUGUCCAAGGCACAUAAAGCCCAGAAUGAUGGGUGCAAAUACACACAACCUCACGUGUCACUAACCACACCAGACUUACGUGAUCUCUUAUCUGAACGUAAGGCUGACGUAGUGGCUAGCAGCGCUGAAAGUCAAAAUGUUAUCCGUCAAAGUGUUGGGCCAGGCAUUAGCAGUGGUACCAGUCUUUCGCAGCUCAUGUCUGAGCAUGAGCAGAGGAAUAAAGCGACAGGAGUAGUUGACGUGGGGCGAGGUUUAGGUGUUCCCCCAUUAAGCGCUCUCACCAUAGGACCUAAUACACCUCCGUCCCACAUCCUUAAUAAUAAUCUUUCGUUGGGAACAUUGGCGUAUUUAAAUAUGUCUUCAACAUCAGUUCCGUCCCUCCUUUCAGUUUCACUCAGUAGUUUGUCAAUAGACAAACCCAAAGUAACAACCGCAAGCUCUUCUUUGGCUGCUCCUCCUGGGUUCGGGAGUCUCAGUUCUGUCCUCCAGAGCAAUCCGCUCUCAGUGGGAGUUGGGACUGGAAGCAAAGCCACAAACCGGGAUCCUAAGGGAAACCCAUCAUUGGCUGAUUUAAUCCAGGAACAUUCAAACCGCAGUCCAACUUUCAGUAACUCUUUCCCCAGUCCCCAUAGCAACACCGAUUCAGCACAACCGGUCUCGUUGUCUGAGCUUGCUUCACAGCAUCAAAACAAGAAUACACACAUGCACUCUCAAUCUCAGAGCGCUGGUAGACCUGCAAACACACUCCCCGGCUCUAGUCUAACCAACAUUACUCCUCCAUGCAUAGGUGGGGCUGUCUCACUAUUUCAUCUAGCUCUGCAGCAUCAAACCAAGAGUUCCUUUGCUUCCCCUCAACCCCUCAGCCCUGAAUCUCUAGCAAAUGCACUGAAACAACCACCUGGCCUCCCUGAGCCGCUCUCUUUGUCACACUUGGCUUCUGAACACAAAGGCAAAACCUCAACCACCUCAAAUGGGUCACAGUACUCCCUCACCUCGCUCCUUUCACCAGCAAAACCAGAUAGGGCUGGUGUGCUGGCAGAGAGCACUACAGAGGGUGGGACAAAACGUAAGCUCGACCACAAACUAUACCACGAAAAUUCCAGGCCAUGUAAGCUGGGCCAGACUAUUGAUCUGAGUGCGCUCAUGGCCCAGUCACAUGGAGCAGGCCCUCGUCACUUCGACAACGAUCUCCCUUCACCGUCUUCUCCAACUCCAGCUGCCUCAGGGCUGGAUUCUUCUAUUUUUGCAUGCCCAUCAGUAUUUGCGAUCACUUUGUCGAUUCAGAGCUGCAGACAACAGAAGAGGACGAGAAAUAUAACAAAGGUCAAACUAAGAGGUCAGAAGACAGGAAGUGGUCACCAGGCCUUCCUCUAUAAAUCACAGGACCAACAGGACAAAGAGCAGCAAACCCUGUUCACGCCAAUUGUGCCAUUCCGCUUUGACACACCAUCACCUGAUGACAUUGUCCGUGCUAAUCAGAGAAAGGCUUUCACCAGAUAGACAAAAGGAAAUAAUAAGCACUUAAAUCAGCUGCUACUGGUUUGUUCUAAACUAGACUCACUAUGGAUGAGAACCUCAGAGCUUUUCAGUGACAUUUUCUCUACCAGCUGACCUAAACUCAAGGAGAUCUGGCACUCAGGGUCAUCAGUUCUCAUGAGUGUUUCAAACCGGGUCUCUUCUUUUCUAGAGGAAAACAAACACAUCUUUUGUUGCUACUACUUACAGAACAAAUAUGUUUAAAUCAAACAGAACAAAAAAAUAACUACUCAGUUACUCUGGCAGCUUGAAAAUAGUCGCAGCUAAGUAACUUUCAGGCCAAUGAAUAUUUUAAGAAUUUUUAGGUUUUUCUCAUUUAUCCUAGUUAGCAUUUCUUUCUACAUUUUAAAUUUGAGUCUUAUUUUUAUAUGCUUAGGCAGCCGUUGGCUUUUAAUUCACAUUUUUGUAAGACGGUGAAGUAGUUUAAUCUUAGCGAGGUUAAAUAAAAGUGGAAUGGCCUCUUUUCUACUCUAGCUGCAUAAAACUCAUCUCCAAAAGAGAAAAAAGAGGUUGGUUUUGUUUGCAGGUGUGCUGCAGCUAUUGGAAUAUGGAUCAGUUAACCAUUGUGCUGGUUUACUGCUGCCUGUGUUUGAGAUCAUAGGGUAGACAUUUUGGUUUAGGGGACACCUGGAGUUUUUCCCAUGAGGGAGCGAGAACACAUGCAUGUGCAUACAGUAGCACUUACACAGACAUGUGAAUAGUUUUAAUUGUUGUUAAACAUUGUUGAAAUGAUGUACAUAUGAGCUGAAGCACUGACUAAUGAAUGAGUCAAAAUAAAUGCCUUUGGACCUUGUUCUUACAAGUUUUUAAUAUUACGAUGUACAGUACAAGUGUGUUUGAUUUACACUGGGCGUGUCAUCACACACUGCCAAACAUUAAUUUGUCAUAUUUUGAAAUAAAGAUAACUGAAUUUAUGUACUCUGAGUGCGCCUCUGACUGGGCGUGUCUUUCUGGCUCCGUGUGUGCGUGUGUGUGUGUUUCUGUGUCUGAGUGUAAAAAGUAUAGUUUUCGUUUCACUAUUUCUACAAAACAAGUUAAAAUUCUGCUCAACAGCAUGUAUAUGGACUUUCAAAUUAUUCAGAUGAACUGCUUCAUGUAUCUGGUGCAGUGUAUGCAGUUUUUUGGGGGUUAGGCUAAAGUUUCUUAAGGCAUCUCACACUUUUAGUGUGAGUCAUUGGUAUUGGUUUGAAUGUAGGAUCUUGUGAUUAAAGGAGUGAAUUUGUUAGACUUAAGAUAAAACAAGGUCUGCUUCAAAGGUUUAUUAAUAACAACAUGUAUCCACAGAAACUGCGAGUACAUCUGUUGCGCAUGCAUUUACGUAAAUCCUAAAAACUGGUAAAAACAGUUUGCGGCAGGACACUCUGUACUAUAGUUUUGAGAAACUAGAAGAAGAUAAGGGUCAAACUUUCCCUUCUGUUUUAUUCCUUUUUUUGCACUUGUCUCAUUGUUGUCUUAACUGUUAAGAACUGCCUAAGUGAAUGGGGUAGGCUUUGGGUUACAUGUGUGUAAACUUCAUGCAGGUGUGGAAAGCUGAGUGAUCUGGACCCUGAGGCUGUCAAACAUGAACUGGUGAGCCUGAGGGAAAUGAUAGAUUAUAAAGGGCAGAUAGUGGUUAUGAUGACAAGUCAAACAUUAGAAGUCAAACUGGUUUCUUGGUGUAUAUGAAGUCUCUGGAGCAUAAUGAUGGUUGGAAAUAAUGAGUUGAGUUCUGUUCAGGAUGUUGUUAGAUUUUGUAAGUCAAGAUAUGAUCUGCAGUAGUUUUAGGUUUUACUCUGUUAAAAUAUAGAAAUGAACAAGCAUCUCAUUAACAAGUGGGUUUGUCCAGCAAACAGUUUUGUCCUUUUCUCUUAAGGUGAGCCAGUGUGUGGGUUUCAGCAGGAAGCUGCACUGUUGGAGAAAAUGUCACCCCGAGCACACAUCGAGUCGGCACAGCAGCCGAUCAUCUUACUCUGUGUGUGUGUGUGUGUGUGAGUCUUACACCACCUACGUAGGAAAAUCUGAUCAUGUCUCUCAACUUUCACAGCUUUGUCAAAGGCUUUGACAGAUCAAAUCAUUCAGUGUCUUUACAGGCUCUGCAUUUUUGCAAGGCGUACAUGUUGCACAAACAAUGUUUUGUUGUGAUGUGGAAAAUACCAUUUUACUCACUACAAGUGGUCAAAAGAAAGGAUGUGCAUUUGGACUCACUGCUCUCAUUGCUGCUGCUUUGUUGUGGUGCAAUAUGUUCAGCGGAAAACAGGCUGAAAAAGAAAACUGAUUCAUAAGUUCAAUGGAAAAAGCUGCUCACAAAUUGUAAGGCAUGACAUCCUAAAAGUCCUCAAAAAGAAAUGUGAUCCAGCAGGUUGCAGCAGGCAUAUUCAAUGGCUGCAGAAAUCCCUCAAAUUUCUUUUAUUAUUUGCAUGUUGUGCAGUUGCAGCAUAAAUUGAAAAAGCUUUGCUGUGACGGCAUUAAUGUUUUUGCGCAACUUUAUCAAAGGAAUUGCAUACAUACUGUUUGCAGAAGAGUUGGAAAUCAUGGGCCCCUACUUUUGAAGCACCUUAUGUGAUUCUGAAUACUUUUGUACAUGUUUGUCUUAGCUUGAUACGCAUUUGGAUAGUGGAGUCAUCGGUUUGAAGCCUGUUCAAGCUAACGGUAUGCGUAUAGUGAUUCCGCAUAUUUUCAUUCCGAUUCAUAAAUGAUGUUAUUUUGCUUGGCCUCUCUUCAGGACUGUGUCUGAAUUUGUUAUUACGUAUGGAAUGGUGAACAAUAAACACCCAGUAGGUUAUAAUAGGUUGUAGUGAGUUUAGGUUCAGAUUUUGAGCAUUUUCACAAUCACCAUCUUGUUGCGUCUUCCCUUCCAGGUGUAGUAUUGUGUACUUUGCACUUUUAGCGAAGGCAAAUCAAGUUACUGAAUUUUUUUGUAAAAGGUUUGUGAGUAUUUUUCUCCAUCCAUCCACACCUCAUAUUUGUUUUUUUUUUAGGGAUUUCUGUGCCCUAUGGAGUCCAUGAAUUUUAUACUAAGAACUCCCAGCUCUCAAUUGAUUUCUCUGUAAGAUUACGUUCAUAGAACACGAGUUAUUGCCUGUCUGACAUCUUUGGAGCUGUCCACCAGGGCUGCAGAAUUAUGGAUGAGAUAAUGAAAAAUAUAACAUAGAAGGAUUACAAUUUUCUUCCACAGGUUGUAGGGAAACUUCUUUUUGUUUUGUUUUUAAAUAAAAUAUAUUUAUUGCAUUUUGGUGUCUUCAUCAAGACAGGCAAUGUCAUGACACACAGCAGAAGGGCAUACUAAAAUAAACAGCUUAUAUACAACUGCUAAACUUUGUAUUGAAUGUUAUUACAAAAAACUUGUCGAUUUGUUUCCUGCCACCAACAUGAGUAUUUUUUUCCCCAAAGUUUUUCCAUGUGCACACGAACUCUGAUGUAGGACUUUUUUGUGUUUUGUUGUACAUGUGUUUCUGAUUAUUCAGGAUCUCACAUAAGGUUCAAAUGGCUUAGUAUUUAGCUUACAGCUAAUCUUGUAGCUUUUUCACAUAAUAUUGAAGGCUUGUGCUGCCAGUAAGGGAGGCUACUACUCUCAGUCCUUGUGCCCAGAACCUUUUCUCCUCCAAACUCUCCUCCAGGCAGGAGUUUUGUCAUAGUUUUCUUCAUAGCCUCAAUGCUGCCACAAAUGCAGAUGAAUCAUUGUAAUGUAAGCAAGAGAUAACAUGUAUACAUGGUUAAAUUUUAGAUUUCAAUACGAGUCAUCAUCAUGCCUGACUACCUACAAGUAUUUGCAAGUCAUUGAAAAGCAGCACAAACAUACAGACAGUUUUAUUUUUUAGAUGUGGAUUUUUUUCUUGCCUGUUCAGGAACUCCAGCCAUGCAGUAAUGUACCUUUCACUCAAAAAAGCUGGGUUUUACAUAAUUAUUUUCAACAAUGUAAAUCACUUAUUUUAGUUGACAUAAGGUUAUUGUUUUAAAGCUCAUAAAUCUCUACUUUGGAAUCUGUAAACAGUAGGUUAGAAUUGUCUGGUAGUAGGUAUGUAUCAAGGUUUACUGCUGAGUAUGUGGGUUUAGUGGCUGAAGGGAUGUUUUUAAUAAAUGGCAUUGUAUGAAAUGUUGAGUGGUGGUACCGACACUGUUUGUCUGGGUAUGACUAAUCCUGAAAGGGGUUAGAUAGGUACUACUCAGAGCUUUUCUUCAAGGAGCAGACUCAUUUCCUUCCUUGUCAAUUUCAUUCAUGUCAACAUCCAGUUUUAAAAUGUGAAUGAAGCCAAAAUGUAGUCUUCCAUUUCUACAAAUAUAAACUAAGGUGAUGUCAUUGAUGGCUCAAUCCUCUCUGCUGGCAUGUAUGCUACUUUCAGUUGUGAAAUCACCAAAUUAAUCCAAGUCUUAAAGCUGAAAUUUAAAUCUGCAUACAGGGUUGUCCAUCCUUAAAUUCGGAAACUACACUAUGACAUGAAGUGCAUCAAACUAAUCUGAGAUAGCUAACUGUUACACAGACGUGGUUGUAGACUCGGUUACAGUACUGCUUCAGUACUUGAAUUAGUCACAUAGUAGUUAGUUGUGUUAGCUGUAAAUGGUGUGUCCCUUUUUUCCCCCCACAUCAGGCCAAUGGAGUUUUGAGUCAAGUCUAAAAUAGUUUUUAGUCUCUCACAGCCUUUAGCGGCCUCAAGUGGCAGGGAGCCUCAUGUUCAAAAUGUCAGUGCUAGAGCUCACCUUUUUAAUGGAAUGACAAUACAUUGAGUUAAUAAAAUGUUUACUUAAUUGUGAAAAUUUAGGAAAAAGUGGCUUUCCUAAUGAGGACUUGAAACUUUUACGUGUCAUCACAUCAAAGUAAACUGAAUAUCUUUGGAUUUUGAACUGUUGAGCAGACAAAACAUACACAACAAAAACAUGUGGAGACAUCACUUUGGACUAUAAGACAUUGUAACAGGCAUUUUACCACUGUUUUCUGACAUUUUAUCGAUGAUUAGAGAAUUGAGAAAAUAAUCGAAUGAAAGUUUGUGUUAGUUGCAGCCCUGCAUUAGUUUUUGUUGGAUUUUGGAUUAAGUUUAGUGUGUUGAAUGCAGAUUUUGUGCAAGGAAAUUAAAUUGUUAAACAUAUUGACAAAUACAGAGGAUUUAAAUGAGUUAGAUUGACUAUCUGACUCGAUCUCCCUCCAUUUGGCACUCUGCAUCUGACUCUCACCUGCACAACCACCUCACUGACAAUCACCCCAUUACCUUCUCUUUCAACCCUUGUUAUGUCACUUUUGCCUGCAAACAUUUUGUGUAUUUGGACAGGGGGGAGGGUUGAUUAUUUGCAUAUCCUGGGCGGACUCCUCUUAUCCUGUGCUCAGUUGAGCCCUAAGGACAGGGUGUACAGAUGACUCACUUACUCUAAGUCACUGUAAGGGUCCCCUUUACUAGAGAAAUCCUGGAUGGGAGGACGCCAACUGUUUACCUGCCAAUACAAACAGUGUAAAGAGAUCCUGCUCCAAGCCUCGAAAUCAGAUUGCACUGUAGAGUUGUUCUCAGGCUGCCUUCCUGUUAGCGCUGUCCCCAGGGCAGCCCAAAAAAAAGAUCUGGCAAGUCAGUUGUUUGCAAAGGUAUUAAAGUGUUUUGACAGAGCAACAAGUCUGGUAUUUAAAAAGGGUUGUUUAUUGCCUGAGAGCUUGAGGGAGUUGAAUAGGAUGCACCUUUCUGUUUUCCCUCAGGUUAAAUUAUAGAGGUGAAGAUCUCCAUACAAAACCUAAUUGUGUGGGGCUGAUGUAUAUGGUCAAUUUUUGAGGUUAUUAAACAAUGCGUGUACUAGGUUUAAUUAGCUGAUCCUAAUCAACUUUUACAUUUACUGAUCUAAUAAGAUGAUGUGUUUCACAGCUGAUAUUCCAUAAAAGUUGAUUGCCAGCUUGACACAGGUGGCAGAAACCUCCUCGUCACUGCAGUAGGGACAAGAAAAGCUGCCAGCUGCAGGAAGUACCACAAUUCCCCAGAGAGUACUUUUUCCCUCUCAUGUUUGCUGCUUAACUGCAGGACAGAUAACACAAUAAAUAUGCAGAUUUUAGUGAUAAUGAUGGUGUUCAAGAUACUACUUAAAGAAACUGCUUACUGCACAUAAAGAAACUGAUUGCUGUGAAUAAGAAAUGACAAUGGAUAAGUCUAAUUCUAGAUACAAAUUUCUGAUAUCAAGUCCCCAGCUAUUAGUGCUUGUAAUGGAUGGAUGCACCAUGAAAAAGACAAUUAAACCAAACUGUCAACUGAGAGAUGCUAACUUACUGAACUGAAAAAUAUGCUUUUUUUUUCUUAAUAAAGGAAUAAAAGUAAAAAAAAUACAUGACGUGACACACUAGUCCACAUCUGUUUGAAAGUUGGACAGUUGAGUCAAACUUGCAUAAAAAUGUCAUAAAACUUCUGUUUAUGACAUUUUUUAUGAUACUUUGCGUCGGUUCAAAGUGUCUUCAGAGUUUAGCAAAUCGGCCGGUUUGUGUAUCAGUGUUUCAGAAUGAGAGGGACUUUUCUUCUUAUGUGAAGCCAGUCAUUUAGAGAAUGCUUGGUUAGAGAAAGUCCAUUAAUACUACUGUUGAAUUACACCUCCUUUCCACUCAUUUUCCCUCAGGGUACUUUUUUUUUAUGAUGAAUAAACUGCAUGAAGCAUAUACAUUAAAGGCACACACAAGUGUUUAAUAUGAUUUUUAAAAAGCAUUUCCUUAAACAAAGAUGUGGUAAAGAAUAAACUUUUUUUAAUAAGUUUUAGAAGACAAAUAUUAAAAGGGAAUAAAGAUCUUAGCAAGGCAAUUGUGCAAUAAAAUCAAUUGCAUGAGGACAGUGUGUGGGAGUUUGCUUUGUUUUGAUACAACCCCCCCAAAAAUAUAUUUAAAAAACUGACAUUUUAUGACAAACUUUAUCUUUCUAAGUAGUUACAAAUUAAUCUUUUUUUGUUUGUUGUAGUUGUCUCAGUGCAAAUGUGUGGAAGUUCUUUUUAAUCAGGUGUGUGUGUGAGAGUGAAUGUGAUAAUACACUCAUUCACUUCUAGACCUGCACUUUGCUGAGGUGAGACCUUUUCAAAAGAAUCAUUCUGUGAAAUGCUGUGUCACACUGCUCUAUUUACGUGGAGACAGGAGGCAACGGCCACUUCUGAAAUUAACCCUUUCUGAGCCAGGAUGUCAAUGCUACACACAUGCACGCAGUGUGCAGUUGGCUUGGCUGUGCAGCCCAGUCUAAAUGAAUCAGUUGCUGGUUGAUAUGACUGGAAAUGGUGGCCAUUUGGGACAGGGAUGACAAAGCAAUGACCUCAACCAGUCUCACUGCUGCAGAAUUAUGAUCUACAAAUCAGACAGAUAGAGGAGGCUCAGAGUGCAAGUGAUUGCAUCACAUUCUCACACUUAAGAAUGUGCACUUUUUACAGCAUGGCACAAUACUGUGGCCAGGAAAAUAGUCAUAAACAGUAGGCCUUUAUUUUUAGUGAUAUUCUCUGGAAGUCUUUGUCAGUGGCAUAGCUGUGUUCAAUGCUGAAUAAGCUUGUGUGUUUGUUACUGUUUUGCAAAUGUAGGCAGUGUUACAACAAAAGUGUAGGAGUUAGUCAUUUUAGAAUAACAUACUGAUGUUGCAGGGUUACAUAAUAAACGUUUAUCAACAGCUGCCUUCUCUCCGAAGUUAAAAAAGCAGAAGCCCCAAGAUCAAACCUCAUGUGUAGGCUAAUGCUCAGUCUAGAUAUGGGGCUGCUCCACUGACUGUAAACUGAUUAUUAUUAUCAUUAUUAUUAUUAUUAUUAUUAAUAAGUGUGUAAGAUUUUGCAUCUGGAGGAUCUUGAUGUAAUACUUCUAUCCUUAGUUGAGGGUCAGUAAAAUGUCUUUGAGCAUGUGUACAUUCAAUUCUUCUGUUCCCCGUAGCGAAAAGCAGAGAAGUGUCUCACAAUAAACUGGACUCUGAAGUGCUACCCAAA